GAUUCUAGUCUAGUGUAUGUCUAGUAUGGCAUCAUUACGACCAACUUCCACCAUCGCACGUUUGGCAAACACCCUGUCAAGAUGUAAGUCAGCAGCUGCUGCAGCGCCUGCACUGGCGCCCCGCGAGAAGACCUUCCAGAUCUACAGAUGGGACCCAGAAAAGCCAGGAGACAAGCCUCAUAUGGACACUUACAAGUUGAACCUGAAUGAAUGCGGCCCUAUGGUACUGGACGCUCUGAUGAAGAUAAAGAACGAGCAGGACCCAACCCUGACCUUCAGAAGAUCGUGUAGAGAGGGGAUAUGUGGAUCUUGUAGUAUGAACAUUGGUGGCACCAACACUCUCGCCUGUAUCAGUCGAAUAGACCCUGACACAGAGAAAGCUAUCAAGAUCUACCCACUUCCCCACAUGUACGUGGUGAAGGACCUGGUACCCGACAUGACUCACUUCUUCGAGCAGUACGCCAGUGUGCAGCCUUGGUUACAGCAGGACGAGGAGAUUGACUACGGAGCAAAGCAGAUCUAUCAGUCUGUGGAUGACAGGAAGAAGCUCGACGGACUGUAUGAGUGCAUCCUGUGUGCUUGCUGCUCGACAUCCUGCCCUUCUUACUGGUGGAACAGUGACAAGUACCUAGGACCUGCAGUGUUGCUCCAGAGUUACAGAUGGCUAGCCGACAGCCGUGAUCACAAGACCAAGGAACGACUUGAAAAGCUGGCUGAUCCAUUCUCCGUGUACAGAUGCCACACUAUCAUGAACUGCACUAAGACUUGCCCAAAGGGUCUCAACCCAGGCAAAGCCAUCGCAGAAAUCAAGAAACUCAUGGCCAAGAACUUAUAGGCAGUGACCCUCGCCCUAUAGCUGAAGAGAACAUCUUUACUUGAACUGUGCUAGUGACCCCAAAAAGUAUUGUGGAUUUAAAUUAGAAUAGUGCUACAACGUUGACCCUGUUGGCCUUUCAUAACCCAAAUGUGUUAUCAUCGGUAGAUAAAUUUGGCGGUAGAUAGAUGGAUCAAAAAGGCUGUAGAAAAGUGCGAUCUAUGAUCACUAUUAGUUAAUAGUUUAGAGUUCCUUCCGGUAUAGGUAAUUUUAAGUUAACAAUUUAACCUACACAACUUACAAGUGAAUUCCCGUGAUAAUAGAUAGCACUUUAAUAUCCUUUUCAAUCCAUCCAUCCAACACCCGAGAAUCUGCUGAUGAUAUCACAAAUGGGUAAAAUUGGAAUUUAUUUUGUAUUUAUUGACAAUUUUUAAUUGGGAUAGAUUAUUGAAUGGCUGAUUAUGUGACCCUUUCAUAAUGGCGUGCUGCCAACUGCAUGCAAGCAUUUGUUAAUCCACCAUCUAGCUAGGAUUGUAAGAUAUGAGGUAUUCGACUUUUGUUCAGUAAAAUAACAUAAUACUAAUAGUGUAAAUUUGAUAAAUCAAUUGAACUUUAACAUUUCCCUAA